CUUCUCAGCAAACUCGGAGAAGCAUGAAAUGGAUACAUGGGAAGUUUCUGUUCCAGAUGAUCGAGCUGAACAGCGAACCUGCCUUAUCUGUGGAGACAGAGCUACAGGAUUGCACUAUGGUAUCAUUUCCUGUGAAGGCUGCAAAGGGUUUUUCAAGAGGAGCAUUUGUAAUAAGCGGGUAUACAGAUGCAGUCGGGACAAGAAUUGUGUCAUGUCCCGGAAACAGCGGAAUCGAUGUCAGUAUUGCCGCCUGCUCAAGUGCCUGCAGAUGGGGAUGAACAGGAAAGCAAUCAGAGAAGAUGGCAUGCCAGGGGGCAGGAACAAAAGCAUCGGGCCUGUCCAGAUAUCAGAGGAAGAGAUUGAAAGAAUUAUGUCUGGGCAAGAAUUUGAGGAAGAGGCAAACCACUGGAGCACCAAUGGAGACAGUGACCACAGUUCCCCUGGCAAUGGAGUUUCUGAAAGCAACCAACCUUCACCAGUUUCUACGCUGUCCUCAAGUAGGUCUGUGGAGCUGAAUGGAUUCACUGCCUUCAUGGGUACCCCAGUACCCCCACACUACCAGUAUAUACCGCACCUUUUUAGCUAUUCAGCUCACUCGCCUCUGCUGCCUCCCCAAGCCCGGAGCCUGGACCCCCAGUCCCACAGCCUGAUCCAUCAGUUGGUGCUUGCUGAGGACCUGGAGCCCCUUGGCACACCCAUGUUGAUUGAAGACGGGUACACUGUGACUCAGGCUGAGCUGUUUGCGCUGCUGUGCCGCCUGGCAGAUGAGCUGCUGUUCAGGCAGAUUGCUUGGAUCAAGAAGCUGCCGUUCUUCUGUGAGCUCUCAAUCAAGGACUAUACCUGCCUCCUGAGCUCCACAUGGCAGGAGCUCAUUCUGCUGUCAUCCCUCACCGUGUACAGCAAGCACAUCUUUGGGGAGCUGGCAGAUGUGACCUCCAAGUACUCACCCUCUGAUGAGGAGCUGCACAGAUUUAGUGAAGAAGGGAUGGAGGUGAUGGAGCGACUUAUCUACCUGUAUCGCAAGUUUCACCAGCUGAAGGUCAGCAAUGAGGAGUAUGCUUGCAUGAAAGCCAUCAACUUCCUCAAUCAAGAUAUCAGGGGCCUGACAAAUGCCUCACAGCUGGAGCAGUUGAACAAGAGGUAUUGGUAUAUUUGCCAGGAUUUCACCGAGUAUAAGUACCCUCAUCAGCCAAAUCGUUUUCCUGAUCUAAUGAUGUGUUUACCAGAGAUCCGAUAUAUCGCAGGAAAGAUGGUGAAUGUGCCGCUGGAGCAGCUGCCGCUGCUGUUUAAAGCUGUUCUGCACUCCUGCAAGACUAGUGGGAUCAAGGAAUAA